GAUUAAAUAUUAAUUUUAUUUUGGUAAUAUAUUAGCGUUGAAGAUAAAUAUUCCACGCACAUAAAUAAAGUCAUAAGUCCAACUAAAUACAUUAAUCACAUUAACUAAAAAAUAAGCGUAUACAAAUACGAGACCGCGUAUGCGUAUGAUUGAAAGUCAAAUGUAGAUAUGGGAGAGUGGUGACCACGCGCUCUUUGUCGCCACGUCAGCGGCGGGGCGCUGCGGUGGUGGAUGGCCCCGUCACCGUGCGUCGCAGAGUACUUAUCCACAACGGCAUUCACCUCCACGCAUAUACAUACACCUUCCUUUUCUCUGUAUCUAUACAUAAAUUAAUUUCAUUUUUGUCUCAUCACACAACUAUCUUCUCUCUGUGUGUAUAUAUAUAGAGAGCAAAGGAUAGUAUUCCUCUCUCAUCUCAGCUCUCACGCCAUAUCCCUUUUGCCUCUACACACACAUUCUCUCUCUCUCUCUCUCUCUCUCUCUCUCUCUCUCUCUCUCGUUUAUCCUUUUCUUCUUUCUCACUCUUGAAAAGAUAAAGCUCCUCCUCUCCCUCUACUUUAUUUCCUGAAAAAGCUGAUUGCAAUCGGAUUUUUGGAACUUUUUGAGAAGGCCCUCACUCACAUUUCGACGUUUAAAUGGAAUAUCUCCGAGGAGCAGCCAGAAGCAACGGCUUCAACGGACACAGAGCUUCGUGCCAAAACCUCAAAUCCUUGACCUCCACGCUCGAUGACUCCGACGCCAACCCGUCCGUCGGCUUCGAGUGCAACAUCUGCCUCGACCUCGUGCAGGACCCGGUGGUCACGUUGUGCGGCCAUCUCUACUGCUGGCCGUGCAUAUACCGGUGGAUCAGCUUCCAACACGCCUCCCCCGAGAACCCCGACCACCAGAGCCCCCAGUGCCCGGUCUGCAAGAGUGAGGUCUCGGAGAAGACCUUGAUACCCCUCUACGGCCGCGGCCAGAGCACCGACGCCUCCAAGGACAAGCAAUCCCAUCCCAUACCGCAAAGGCCGUCGAGCCCCCGAUGCCGGACCAACUUGAUCCUACCGAACGUGACGAGCAACUACUCGUAUCCGUUUGAGCAACUCCACCGUAGAGGCUACGACGCCCCACAAUCCCCUCGACCGGACUACGGCAGCUACCCCGCCUCCCCUGUCCUCGGACAUGGCAGCGCGCCGCACUUGGCCGACCCCAUGAUCGGGGUGUUCGGGGAGAUGGUGUAUUCGAGAAUAUUCGGGAACUCAGAGACGACGACGUUGUAUACGUAUCCGAAUUCUUACCAUAUAGCCGGUAGCAGCUCGCCGAGGCUGCGGCGGCAUAUGAUGCAGACCGAUAAAUCACUCAGCAGAGUGUGUUUCUUCCUUCUUUGCUGUAUGAUGCUGUGUUUGCUCCUAUUUUGAGCUAAAUGUAUUUUCGAUUUUAGUCUCUAUUUUUGGUUCUUGAUGAACUUGUAAAGGUUUUUUACCUUCAAUGACUUGUACAAAUACGCCGGUCACCCUAUAAUAUGUAUAAAAGAGUUUAUUAUAAUAUAUAAAAAGAAUGUUAUGUUACAUA